CCCCCUCUCCCUCCCCAUCGCUUUCUCCCGCCCCCCUUCUCUCUCUAAACUCUCUCUCUCUCUACUCACUCAGAGUGACUCCACCCGCUUCCUUCUGUGGCGGCAGGACUCUUGCUCUUCCUGCCUUUACUCUCUGCAAUUCUUCCCAAUCUCUAUAAACACCAAAUCUGCAUUUUGUGGCACAAUCCCUAACUUCCUGCCUGCUGUCCUCCAUUAAAAACCACAGGCGCUUAUGCCCACGCCAAAAGCUUCUCUUCUUUGAAAGCGGCUGCCAUGGUUUCUCUCUGUGAAACAUCACAUAAUGCCUCCGCUUCUUUUGCUUCCUCCUCAAACCUAACCCUGAAUACUCAAAAACCAGCUCCUCGAUCUAUGCGAACCCGGAGGUCUUCCUUUUCCUGGCAACAAAACGACCCGAUCUCGGAUUUUCCGUCGGGAUCCACUGGAUUCUCGCUCUCCAGCGAGAAAAAUGGUGAAAAUAUAAACAAGAGCGAGGAGAUCGGGGAGUUUGCUGAUCUUUCACAGGCGUUCAGCGAUUUCUCUGCUUACAGCAGCGAUAUUUCGGGAGAGCUCCAAAGACUCGCGGCAAUCCCUAGCCCCGACGCUCUACGGAGAUUUUCCGGCGAAUUUCAAAGAUUUUCCUGCGAAAAUGAUGACCAUCUGGGGUCUCAGAAGCCAGAGGACAUUUGCGUAGAGGCCUGUGAAACCCUAGAACUUGUAGAGCUCGAUCCUCUGGUGAAAGCACUGAUUAAGAACCUUGAAUCCCCUUCUGAUUCAUUGAAGAGAAUGUCAGCUGGAAAACUGAGGCUUUUGGCUAAGAAUCGCCCUGAAAAUCGCGCUCUUAUUGGGAGCUCUGGCGCCAUUUUCCCUCUGGUUAAGCUCCUCCGUAGCCAUGACCCGUUAACCCAAGAAAACGCAGUAACAGCUCUUCUAAACCUCUCAUUAUACGAAGCCAACAAGGCGGCGAUCACAUCAUCUGGGGCCAUUAAACCUCUGGUCUAUGUCCUCAAAACUGGAACCGCCAUAGCCAAGCAAAACUCAGCUUGCGCCCUGUUGAGCCUCGCUUUCAUAGAAGAAAACAAGAUUUCUAUAGGAGCAGCAGGUGCAAUCCCUUCUCUUGUGGCUCUUCUCAUGACAGGAUCAAGCAGAGGUAAAAAAGAUGCAUUGACUACUCUGUACAAGCUCUGUUCAGUUAGGGUUAACAAAGAGAGAGCAGUGAAUGCAGGGGUUGUUAGGGUUUUGGUUGAGAUGGUUGGAGAGAGAGGUUGGGGAGUUACAGAUAAAGCGGUGGUCGUGUUGAGUAGUUUGGUGGGGAUUGAAGCAGGGAAGAAGGCCAUUGUUGAAGUAGGUGGGAUCGAGGUUUUGGUUGAGGUGAUUGAGGAUGGUUCUGAGAAGGGGAAGGAGUUUGCGGCUUCGACACUGGUUCAUCUUUGUGGAGGGAGUAGCGAGUGUAGGAGGAUGUUGAUUAGGGAGGGGGCGAUCCCUCCUCUUGUUGCCUUGUCGCAGAGUGGGACUGCAAGGGCCAAGCAUAAGGCUGCUACCCUGCUUCGUUACCUGCGGGAACCUCGCAACGAAAGUAUCUGACACGAGGAAGCCUUCGAUGAUUAGAGUGAAACCCGCUAAAGCAACAUAGAGUCUUAGAGGUAUUUACUAACUGGCUGUAUAUACAGGGUGCACGGCAUGUACAGUUUUGAGUGAUCUAAACUUGGAUUAAAAAAAAAAAAAAGUCAGAUCAGAGUGAGUUUCUAUAUUUUUUAAACUCGCUAAUGAGAUUGUAUUAUGUUUGUAAGUUUUUGUGGGAUUGCGAUUUCCUUUGGGUCUGGUCGGACAAAUUUGCAGAGAAGAAUGGUUUUUUUUUGCAAGUUUUAAGGGUUGUGUUUCAAGUUUGGGGGAUUUGGUUUAGUGUUUGUACAGGCCGAGGCCAUCUCUUUUGUUUAUGUCUUAAUAGGACUAACUAUCUGAGAUGUUAUUAAUCUUUUGCAUUAUUUGAGUGGCAGUUUAAUAUUAAUUUGUAUUGACAUUUGUCUGUU